AUUUAAUAUUCACAUUUGAGCUCUCUGCUUUGUAAAUAUUUAUAAGAAGGAAUCAAAUCGUCAUCCGAUAACAAACUCGGAUUUAGAACUCAUCUCGUGUACUAUUCUGCCUCAGCCGAGAACAUUCGACUACCUUCAUCCGCAAGAUCUGCCGCGGCUAUAAAGUCUCUACUCCUCGUUCAUGAAGCUCUUCCUGUCAUUCUCAAUUUGCAUUGCAGCAAUCAUCCUCGCAGCAUCAUAUCAUAAACACCCCACACUACACUCUAUAAUCCACUCACUCACUAACCCCCUCAACACAACCUCCACACAUCAACACACCAUAACCUCCACAACCACCACCACUACCCUACUCCCCUCCACCAUGACCACCGCACGCGGCAUCCGCAUGGCCUUCCAGGCCCUCGAACAAGCCGAAGGCGCCGGCGCGCGCGUGCGCCGCUCCAUCGGGACCGCCAAACUCCGCAACUUCAGCCCCUUCCUGAUGCUCGACCACUUCACAAUCGGCAAAGGCGCGGGGUUCCCAGACCAUCCACACCGCGGCCAAGAAACCAUCACGUACUUGCUCUCUGGCGGCGUCGACCACGAAGACUUCGCCGGCAACCGCGGCACAAUCGGGCCCGGCGAUCUCCAAUUCAUGACGGCCGGCAAGGGCAUUAUGCACGCGGAAAUGCCGCACGAGAAUGAGGACGGAAGCCCCAAUGUCGGCAUGCAGCUCUGGGUCGAUCUACCACAGAAACUGAAAUCCGUGGACCCGCGCUAUCGGGACCUGCGGGCGAGCGAGAUCCCCACUGCCGAGGUCGACGGGGGCAAGGUGAUCAUCAAAGUGAUUUCGGGCCAGUCGCAUGGCGUCGAUUCAGUGCGCGAUCUGGCGUAUACGCCGCUGUGGUUCCUGGAUGUAACGAUUAAACCGGGCGGCCAUGUGAAGCAAGUCCUGCCUGUUGGUUGGAAUGCGUUUGCGUAUACGCUUGAAGGAACGACGGAGUUUGUGACGGAGAGCGCGACGAAGAGUGUUGAGCAGUUCCAUAAUGUGGUGUUCCAGCAAUCAGGUGAUUUUAUCGAGGCGUCUGUGCCAGAAAGUGCGGAAAAGGCCAGCAGGUUUAUACUCGUCGCGGGGAUGCCGCUGGAUCAGGAGGUUGUGCAGUAUGGCCCGUUUGUAUGUACGAGUAAGGAGGAGGUUUAUCAGGCUAUGCUGGAUUUCCAGAGUGCGAAGAAUGGGUUUGAGAAGAGUAUGGGGUGGAGGAGUGAGAUUGGGAAGAGGAUGACUCAAUUUUAACCUGAAUGUAGGAUGUUUUUUUUUUCUGUAUAGAAUGCUGUUACAUACCCCUGUUGUUACAUGAUGUAUUACCAA